AUGGAAGUUUCCAACCAGAUUGAUGAGUUGCUUCGCACAUCACGGAACGUCUACAUAUGGAAAGACACCGAGUCUCAAGCUUCAAUCAAAUUCAUACGAGACUUGGGGAAUUUAGCGCUUGAAGUACGAAGUGCCGGAUACCAGCGUGAAUGUGAGGUCUUGCAACACGUGGCCGGUAUUUGUCUGACGUCGCCAAACCAUGGUGGCUUGGGUCUUACUCUCGACACGCCAAUAGUCGAAAAUGUAGCAACUGAAGUAUUGCUAUUGAUCGCGGCUUGGCUCGAAUCGUUAAACUCCGCUGAUCGAGAGAGAAGUCUCGGCAGUAGAAUCAUCAGGGUCAGACUAGCAGACCGACCUCCGAUGAACUUGACUGAGAAGAUUUUCGCUAUGCACGACGUGGACUCAAAAGGGUUCGUGAGCGUAGGAGAUACCAUCCGCGUUUCGGUUGAUUGGAUUAUGGCGUCAGAAGCAUCGUGGGGUAGUAUGGAAGCGACAUACAAUCAGCUAGGAUCCCCAGGCAUAUUUCGGAACGAUCGGUUUUGGCUUGCCGGUGACCAUGUGGUUGACCCUAGGGUCAACACCCAUCCCAGAAUCAAGCCCCUCAUUGAAGCGUCCGAAAGAGCUAGAAGAGUCUUUAAGAUGACGGAAUACCAAGGGAUGAAUUACACUAUCAUGCACACCGAGUUCUUUCGAGAGCGUGCGCAGCCCGGGAUGCUCGUUAUAGGCUCCGACUCACAUACUUGCUCCGCCGGUGCGGUAGGGAGUCUAGCUAUCGGGCUGGGCGCUGCUGAUGUAACAAUGGCUCUUGUCACUGGCGAAAUCUGGUUCAAGGUACCGGAAAUUGUUCAAAUUCGGUUUGUAGGAGAGCCGCCCCAGGGCAUCGGUGGAAAGGAUGUAAUACUCUAUGUUUUACAGCAACUGAAAAGAAACACUGUGGCUGCGGACAGAGUGGUAGAAUACACUGGACCAGGGUUAAACUACCUAUCCCCGGAUGCUCGCUUCGCCAUUGCGAACAUGACUACCGAGUUUGGGGGCAUCAGUGGCAUCUUCGAAACUGACGAUAUUACCAAGUCAUUCAUCGACUCGAGGAAGAUCGCACGGCAUAGAAACUCAUCUUACUUCAUGAGACCCGACCGCGAUGCUAGAUACGCUGACACAGCUACCGUCGACUUAUCGAGAGUGCAGCCUUUCGUCGCGAAGUAUCCCUGCCCAGAUGAUGUUGUCCCCGUGUCGGAAGUCCAAGGCCAGAAGCUGGAUGGCUGCUUUAUCGGCGCAUGCACUACAGCUGAGGAGGAUAUUAUCACGGGUGCGCUGAUCUUGGAGCAGGGUCUGAAGGCGGGCAAAAUACCCGUGCCACAUGGCAAGAGAAAAGUCGUUCCGGGAUCGAAGCCGAUAUUAGAUAGGCUUGAGAAGAGUGGCUUGGCAGAUAUUUACAGAACGGCCGGAUUCGAAGUAGGCGUUCCUGGAUGUAGUUAUUGUGUUGGUAUGUCUGCAGAUCAGGCAGGCCCUGGUGAAGUAUGGCUAUCCUCUCAAAACCGCAAUUUUGAGAACAGGAUGGGUAAAGGCUCCAUCGGAAAUCUAGCAUCUGCUGCGACAGUAGCAGCAUCAUCCUUCGAAAUGGCCAUCACAAACCCUCAGGCUCUACUAAAUACCAUAGACCCAGCAAGAUUUGACGCGCUUAAGGGGCGGGGCUCGUUACGUGUGAUAUCAACAGCGACUUCGCUGGAUUAUGUCGAGCCGGCUUCAGUCGACCAUUCGCGUGAAUCAGGAUCAAACGACAUAGCGCCUAACAACGAUGGCCAAGUAGACAACAAUACAGAGGCUGCAAAGAAGAUGCAUGGAAACAAGAUAAGAGGUAAAAUCCAGAAACUGGGAGACUUCAUCGAUACAGAUGCUCUGGCCCCGGCCCAGUUCUUGGUAGAGUCCAAAACAGACGAAGCGCUUGGCGCGCACUGUCUCGAGUUCACGAAUCCAGAUUUCCGUCGAAGGGUCAAUGAGGGCUAUGAUAUCGUAGUCGCUGGCAAAGCUUUUGGCUGUGGAUCAUCCCGCCAGCAGGCAGUCUCUGCAUUAAUAGGAUGCGGGGUGAAAUGCGUGAUAGCACGGUCCUUUGCGUUUAUUUACAGCCGCAACCAACCCAGUCUAGGGCUUCUUGGUAUAACUAUAAGCGACGAUGACUUCCACAGUCUCGCACAGGAUGAUGUUGAAAUAAGCAUCGAUCUCGAUGAGAACAUGCUUUAUAUUAGUGACAAGGGGUUCCCAUUUCAGCUGAGUCCAAUGGUGAAGCAACUCAUGAACUUGGGCGGAAUUACGCCAGCAUUCCAGAAAUUUGGUAAGCAGCUAUUCGAAGCACUGUGCUCUGACGUUGCUGGUUCCAGGAGACAUAGUCCAGGGCAUAAAGAAGUAACUGGCGUGCUACAGUGGUAGAUGUAUGUUGUCGACAUCGGCGCGAUGAUAUAAUAUACUUGGCUGAAUUUGUAUUUCCAUGGUCGUGGACGUACAGUACAUUUGGCGACAAGAGAAAUCGUCGGAGCCGAGGCGGGAAAUAAAA